AGGGUUUGUAUACAUGAACCAGUAUGGUGCGACUUCGAUAACCGAUCAUUUCUGAUUUCAUCCUCCGUCGACCCUUAGCAUUGCACGAGAAAACCCUAGUUUUCUACGAUGGUGAACUGGAGGAUUAGGCAAGAAUGGGAGGAAUACAAUCUCCAAAGAUCAUACGCUGACAAUCCAUGUAUGUUCUCGAUACGAUUGAACUAUGGUGGAGUUUUUACGAAGUUUCCAGGCCGCAAAUACAUAAAGGGGAAGAUGAAAUAUAUUGAUGGCAUUGAUAGUGACUUGUUCUCAGUGCAUGAUAUGGACGAGAUAAUGGAAUUGCUUGGUUGUGUGGAACCAGGUAAAAGUAUUUAUUAUCAUUUCAAACGACCAACCUGGGAUUUAGAUUUUGGGUUGUAUGCUUUGGGUUGUGACGAAGAUAUAAACCACUUUAGGUCAUACGUGUAUGAACACAAGGUGAUAGAAGUGUAUACAGAGUUUUGGGAAACCAAGCUCCAUACGUAUCAAAUGUCCCCAAACCCUGCAAAGAUAAAGAUACACGAAAUUCCUGAGUCCCUUUGUCGUAAAAGCUUGUUAUUGACAUGGUCAAAUUCAGGGGAUUGUCCUAGUGAAGAAGCCCCUGUUUUUGAGAAUGUAGAAACUAUGGACGAACCCCCUAGUACAUUACUUGAAACAACCUUGGAACAACCCCUUGUUACAUUGAGUGAAACAGUUGAGUCAACCCCUGCCUAUAUACCAAGAAUUGAAAGCCCUUUGACUGAACCAAUGAUAGGAAGCACAUGUCCUAAUGUUGAUGGUUGGGAUGAUACAUUUGAAUGGUCUGAACCUUUUGGUGGGACUCCUAUGGAACAAGAUGAACCAAAUAGUGAAAAAGCAGGUGAAGACAGUCAAGCUAGUAAAGACAGUCAUGAUAGUGAUGACACUGAAGAUAGUGAAUACAGUCAAGAUAGCGAUUACAUAGUUGAUGAAGAUAAUUUGUUAGAUGAUCCAGAGGUUGAUAUGAAGAACUUUCACCUCAACAUUGACAAAGAGGUGGAGUGGGUUGGAAGUUUUCCUGAUGAUCGAGAUGAAGCAGUAGAAGGUGAUGAAGAAUUAGAGGUUAUAAACACUGAAGAAUUUGUAUCUGCAUCUUCAUCAGAUGAGGGUGAAGCUAGUAAAAAAAGGAAGAAGAUAAGAGAUUUACGAAGAGCACAUAAGAAUGAAGCAGCUGCUGUCAAAGAUCCAUUUUACAUCCACCAGACUUUUAGCACAGCCAAGGAAGUUAAACAACAAAUUUAUCUUCAUUCCAUACAGAGUAGAAGGGAGUUAGACUUCGUCAAGAAUGACAAAAAUAGGAUUAGAGUGGUUUGCAAAGGGACAAUACCAAACCUUGGGAUAUUAGAAACAGGUGGGACCAGCAAAAGUAAUGACAAAGUGGGACCAAGUCAAAAGAAAAAGAAAGUGAAAGAUGGUUCUAUUCAUAAAUGCCCAUGGGUCCUACUAGUGAGUAAGUGGAAAAAAGACAUUAACUGGACUGUUAAGACCUAUGAAAAGCAACAUACGUGCCUUCAAACAAGGAAAAUUAGGGCAUGUAACUACAAGUUUCUCUCUGAACAGAUUGUUGACACAGUGGAGGCAAACCCAGAAAUACCACUUAGAGCAUUACGUGAGAUGCUUGAGAAGAAAUACCAACUUGGAUUGUCAGACAUGAAAGUUCAUAGGGCGAAAACGAAAGCCCUGGAAUCAAUUAGGGGAGAUUUUGCUGCUCAGUACUCAUGUCUAAGAGACUACUUACAGAGACCAAAAAAAAAGAGAAGAAGAUCUGCAACAGAAGAUGAUGGAGUGUCCACAAAAUGGAAAUCUGUAACAUGCACAAAAUGUGGAAAUGUGGGCCAUAAUGGAAGGACCUGCAAGGGACAAUCACAGACUGGGAAUGGAACAGGAGAAGGUGCAGCAGGGAAUACAACAGGAGAAGGUGCAACAGGUAGCAGUGGUGGUGUACAAAAUGGAGUUGGGAACAAAGGAAAAAGCCCCAUGCUUUGA